ACAUUGCUGAGUAAUGAAGACAAAAGUUGAGCAGAAGCCCCGUCUGUAGCCGUCUAAGAAUUGAGCAUAAAUGUGUCUUUUGUCCGCCGCCUGGUUUUUAUAUCUGCUCGAGCUUUGCUUGUGUUGCGGUCUGCUCUGCCUGCUAGGUUUGUUUGCCUUUUCAAAUGCCUUCAUGUUUUAUUCCAGAAAAAGAGACGUUAGUGGAGGCCGAUCGACCCGGUAAACUCCCCGAAGAAACUGCAGGAAAAGCUCCUGAUAGAAAGAAUACAACUCAAGAGCAGCCCGUCACAGGCGCCAAGCUGCGCUCGGCCCUGCGAGACGAGCUGAGGAUGAUCCACGAGAAGAUGGAGGCCAAGAGGAUCGCUCGCAUCGCAGUGGCCGAAAUCAGGGCCUUCCUCGCUGAGGAGGAGGAGCAGAGGGAGGCGGCCUGGGCGCUGAAGACAAAGACCCUGGAGGAGGCGGAGGAGAGACUGAAGGUGGAGACGGAGAAGAUGGAAAGAGAAAAGGCAGAGAGAGAGAGGAUGGAAAAAGAGAGGGUGGAGAAGGAAGCCCAGGAGAAAGCUGAGAAAGAAAGGAUAGCCCGAGAGAAGGCAGAGAAAGAGAGACAAGCGCUUGAAAGACUGGCAAAAGAAAAGGCCGACAGAGAAGAGAGGGAACGGCUGGAACGAGAGAAGGCAGAGAAGGAAAGGAUAGAGAGGGAACAGCAGGAGAAGGAAAGGAAGAGGCUGGAGCAAGAGAAAGAAGAGAAGGAAAGAUUGGAAAGAGAGAGACUUGAGAAGGAACGGGUGGAGAGGGAACGGCUCGCCAAGGAAAAGGAAAGACUUGAGAAUGAAAGGAUUGCCAAAGAGAAAGCAGAAAAAGAAAGGCUGGAGAAAGAACGCCUCGAGAGAGAAAGGAUAGCUAAAGAAAGAGCGGAGAAGGAAAGACUGGAGAGGGAACGAGUCGCCAAGGAAAAGGAGAGGCAGGAGAAAGAACGGAUGGAGAAAGAGAGAGUGGAGAGAGAGAGACUGGAAAGGGAAAGAAUUGCCAAAGAAAGGGAGAGACUUGCACGGGAGAGGGCCGAGAAGGAGAGGCUGGAGAGGGAACGAAUCGCUAAAGAAAGGGAGAGACUUGAAAAAGAGAGGAUAGCCAAAGAGAGGGCAGAGAAAGAGAGACUGGAGAGAGAACGAAUCGCCAAAGAAAGGGAAAGACUCGCACGGGAGAGAGCAGAGAAGGAAAGACAAGAGAAAGAGAGGCUGGAAAAGGAACGAAUUGCUAAAGAAAGGGAGAGACUUCUGAGGGAAAGACAAGAAAGAGAACGCCUUGCCAAGGAAAGAGAGAGACUCGAAAAUGAGAGGCUAGCGAAAGCGAAGGCCGAAAAAGAAAGGAUGGAGAGGGAGCGUAUGGCUAAAGAAAGGGAACGCUUGGAGAGAGAGAGAAUAGCCAAAGAAAAGGCGGAGAAAGAGAGACUUGAGAGAGAACGCAUUGCCAAAGAAAGAGAAAGACUUGAGAGAGAGAAGUUAGCCAGAGAGAGGGAACGAAUCGCCAAGGAGAGGAUGGAGAGAGCGGCAAAGGAGAAGGAAGAGCGGGAACGGAUGGAGAGAGAGCGCCUUGCCAGGGAAAGAGCGAGAGUGGCUCAGGAGAAGGCGAGAUUCGAGAAAGAGAUGGCUGCCAGGAAGGAGAAGGAGCGGCUGGAGAGGGAGAAGGCCCAGAGAGAGCUGCUGGAGAGGCAACGGCUCGCCAGAGAGAAAGCUGUGCGGGAAAAGAUGGAGGCGGAGAGGCUGCUGGCGAAGCAACGCAGCGCCCUGAGGGACGAUGCAAGGAAGCCCAACGUCUCCCAGACGAGGCCUCCGGCGGCAGGAGAGAGGGCCGAGAGGGCGAGCGCUUCGGCCGCCAGGAGAGACAAGAGCGACGUCGAGGGGAAGAAGAAAUGAACCCAAUGCUGUGAACUCCAGACCUCACCAAUGGUGCUCAGGACUCUGACUGCUUUCUGGACCGAUCUCUGAUUUCUAUCUUAACAAGCUGACAACGCACUGCGAUCUCAUGUUCUUGAAAGAACUGCCUCACGGUGACAACGGCGCCGCCACACUGUCAUAGCAUCAGAGACAAGUGAUUUGAUUCAAAUUAAUACUGUACUGACGGAAAUAUCCGACGCACAACAUCUAAACCACUCUUCUGCAGCAUAACGUUAGAGUCCGUUUCAAUUUGGACCACAGGUGCCUCAUGAAAUAAUAAUGAAAGUUAUUUCUUCAAUUAAUUUUUUUCAGUGAUUUCAGGAAAAAUCUAUACUUUUCGUACUAGCUCAACAUCUCUAGAAGGUAGGGCAAACAGAAUAUCCAGAAAAUGAUCAGAUUAUGACUGGGAUUAAUAUUUGAACGCCGUCUUCCUCCUUUGUUAAUCGUUGUUAUAGCUGUGGUUUGUAGUUCUGACUUGUUUCACAUGGAGCUAAUCAGUCAACACACCAGGUGGCGCUGGUGAGAAAGGUUCCCUUUGAAACUUGAAUAUGAUCACCCCCUUAGCUUUUUACACACAAAAACGGUUUUUGAAGUUGCAUGUGCUAAAGGUGUGACAGUAAAAUUUACCUGGUGCUCAAUAAAGUUUAUUCUUCAUGUAUCAGCCACUGAGUAUGCUUAAUAUCCGAAAGAACAUUUUUUGCAACCCAGACUUUGAUCCUUCCUGCAUCCCGACAUUGCUGUUGCCAUAUUUUCUUCGACUUCCAGAUGGCGUCACUUUCUUCACCUUCCAGUUCGACUUCACUCUGUAUUAUUUGUUAACAGAACUCCUAAAUGUUGCCUUCACUGAGAAGCCAAACUUAUUUUUUUCUUUUUCACUACAUGCCUCUGUGAUAUUUCCUACGACCACCAGAUAGCGCCUCUUGCUUGACCUUCGACGAAAUCGAGAAUGUAACGAAACUUUGUGUUUCACAUUAGUUUGCAUGUAACUUUUUGCUUUUGAACUUAGUGAAUAAAACGUGUAUAUAUGAAAAUCUGCCUCCAAAUGUGAAGUGUUUC